AUGCGCCACUCUCGUUCGAGCCUUCUUCAGCUCUGCUUAACAGCGAUCACGUUUAGUGUGAGCUUCUCCAUCCCCGAAGGGGCAGCUGCGAAGGUGCAGGCCUCGCGGCUCGCACAAGGACCGGCCAACACCUUCGAAUCGGCAGAAUCCUUCGCCGAGGUCACGCCCUCCGCGUUCGCCGCGUCGAAGUUCGACGUCAUCAUCGUGGGAGGAGGCACAGCGGGCAUGGUGCUCGCUAACCGCCUUUCGGCGUCGAGGAACCCGGCGCUGAAGGUUGGCGUUGUUGACGCUGGGACGUUUAAUCCCAAUGGCGACCCGCUCAUCGACGUCCCUAUCUACAACUCGGGAAGCAUUAUUUUGAACAAUUCCACCACUUCGACUCUCGGCAACCCCGCGUACGAUUGGAUGCUCCAAUCUGUUCCUCAACCCGCAUUGAACGGGCGUGUAUUGAACUACCCUCGUGGAAAGGUUUUGGGUGGCUCAACAGCUAUCCACGCCAUGGUUUGGCAACGAGGCGAGAAGGAAGAGUACGAUGCAUGGGGAAACACAUUUGGAAACGGCGCUGGAUGGACGUGGUCGGGUCUCCUUCCCUACUUCAGGAAAUCCGAAACAUGGACCCCUCCGCGUACGGGAGACGACGCGCUCCUUGAAGGCACGACCCCGUCUCAGAUCCCCCCUGCGGCCGACCACGGGUCGAAUGGCCCGAUCCACUCAAGCUACAACACGUUCGAGACGGCACUCGACGCUGCCAGCAUCCUCGCCACCACGUCUCUCGGGCACCCACUGAACGACAACCCGGACGAUGGGACGAGCACAUUUAUGCCGCGUUCUGGCAUGACGCGCUCAGUCGAUCCCAACACUGGCAAGCGCAGCUACGCGGCCAGCGCCUACUACACCUCCAGCGUCCAAGCUCGCAAUAAUUUGAACGUCGUCCUCAACUCCGUCGCUACCAAGAUCAUCUGGGACCCGAAGUCUAAGACACCCAAGGCCAUCGGCGUCGAGUUCGUCAACAACGGCCAGACGUACACUGUUGCCGCGUCGAAGCAGGUGAUUCUCAGUGCAGGUUCUUUGAAGACGCCGCAGAUCCUCGAACUGUCUGGGAUCGGCGACGCCAGACGCCUCCAGCAAUUAAACAUUCCUGUCGUUAUUGACAUGCCUCAAGUCGGCGAGAACAUGAUCGACCACCCUACCACCGCGGCUGGCUACCAAGUCAAGGACGGCACUUUCACACUUGACAUUCUUACCAACAACCAAACUUUCCUCGACGAACAGCAGGCACUCUACGAUGCCACGGGAACCGGGGCAUUCUCUUAUACUGCCCAAGUCACUGGGUCCUUCCCUCUCAAGUCCAUAUCUUCUCCUGCCGCCUACGCCGCCAUGCGCUCCGCGCUUGAUUCUGCCCUUCAAGGCACGACUCUUACGCCUAUGCAGCAGAAGCAAUACGACUUGCUCAAGAGCUGGGCUGAUGGCGGCAAGAUUGGCUGGGUCAUGCCGGUUAUGCUUCCUCGGGGUGGACUUACUAGUCUCCCUGAAGCUGGCAAGAGCUACAUUACAGUUGCCUUCUACCAGCUGCACGAGUUCUCUCGCGGCUCCGUCCACAUCAACUCUGCAGAUCCCCUUGCCUCGCCUCUCAUCGACCCCAAGUACAUGAGCAUGCAGUUCGACCUCGACGCUCAGACCCUCGGCGGACACUUCCUCCGUACCUGGGUCACCGGCUCGCCCCUCAGUGACCUCGUCGUGGGCCCGACAGUGCCCGACGCCUCUGUCGUCACCGAUGCCGACUGGCAGAACUACAUUCGGGCUUCGCUCGUGACGACGCACCACCCCAUCGGCACCACCGCUAUGGCAAGCAAGAACCUUGGUGGUGUCGUCGAUCCGCGCCUCAAUGUUUAUGGAACAAAGAACUUGAAGGUCGUCGAUGCGGGUAUUAUCCCGAUGACUGUUGGUGCGCCGAUCCAGGCUACAGUGUACGCCGUCGCUGAGAAGGCUGCCGACCUCAUCUUGCAAGAUCUCUCCUAA